GUGGGGGCGGCUGAACAACAAACUUUUGAGCCAUGUGCUCACUCUUGGUACCAUGUCAUGUACGUCUCUAUUGUUACUAAACCAGAUCACAAGGUCUGGUGGUAGGUCUACGUUGAGGACACACAACCUGCUGGGGCGGGGUCUGGAGGUCUACUCUAUCGUUUGAUCUGUUGCUUUCAGUAGAAGGCAUUGUGAAAGUAUCAAGAUCUUUUUGGAUUUGGGCACUGCAGCAAUGUAAGAUUGACUGAAUGGCUCUUAAUUUACCAUAGACAUGUACAGAACAGAAAGGGAUUAGAGACGAGAAAAAAGAGGACGUGCAUCCGUCGCUCAAUCUCUGCAAUACGACAUCAUCCACGGAGAAAUUUGCAAGUGGCGAAAGUUGUCAUAUCAAUUAAUUAUGAAAGAGGACGUGCAUCCGUCGCUCAAUCUCUGCAAUACGACAUCAUCCACGGAGAAAUUUGCAAGUGGCGAAAGUUGUCAUAUCAAUUAAUUAUGGGCACAUUCAGCUACAGUGCAUGUGAACCUGGAUGCAUCGGGAACGGAUACACCGGCUGCAAUCCUGGAGAUUUUUGUGAGUUAGGCACUCAUUCGUGUCACAAGAAUGCCAUUUGUACAGCAACGGUUUUGGGAUUGUUCGAGUACAAGGAUAACUGUCAAACCAAACCAAACAGUGGCCAAGAAAACACUGACGGCGAUGGAUUUGGAGAUGCAUGUGAUGACGAUAUUGUUAACGAUGGGUGGACAAACUUCCAAGAUAACUGUCAGUAUGUAUUCAACACUGAUCAAGCUGACUUUGAUGGAGACGGCGUCGGUGAUGUUUGUGACAACUAUUGGAAUUACACGGAUCCACUCAGAGUGAACAACGAUACCAGAAAUCCAUUGCAGCUAGACACAGAUAAAGAUGAUCUGGGUGACAUGUGUGAACAUGACAGAGAUGGAGAUGGCAUGUUGAAGACAAACGUUCAGGAAUAUAUCGAUGUAAUGAAUGUCAGUCAGACUGUAUUAGCUGACAUGCAGAUGAGUUGGAUCACAUCUUAGGAAUAAAAAAUCUGGCCGACAAAGACAUGUUGACAAACAAAUAAAUUAAUCUAUUUACUUUUUUUGUACUUUAGCAGUUUAAUUGUUUAGUCUUUUUAGUGCAUGUGAUUGCAUGUAUUAGUGGUAGGUACACUGUACAGUACAAUCGCAGUUAUCCAGACAUUUUGAUAAUCUGGACAAAUAUAUUUCUGCACGUGCUCACGUGUUUUACACGUGACGU